AUGUCGACAACACUUCAGAACGUCUAUUACGAGCGGAAAGUCGGCACCGCCAGGCCCUGCUACGUCUGUCGCCGCCCAACCCAGACUGUGCUCGCGACUCUCAAGUCCGAGGACUUUGUGUACACCUGUGACAGCCAUCUCAGUGACCCCGCAACCCUCAUUGCCCCCACUGGACCGAGUGCCGACGACAUCCGCAAAGUGAUCGCCGACUACUCUGCCCGCGAGACCCGCCGUACAGCCCUCAAGGACGAGGCCGAGAAGAACAAGGACGAGGACAAGGACAAGAAGCCAGAGGAGAAGAAGGGGCUGGUGGGAGGGCUCAUCUCGAGCGUGUCGAGCAGUAUCUCCAGCUUGGCCAUGGGCGACACCGAGGAGAAGAAGGACAGCAAGCCGUCAUCCCCGGCCCCGGCGUCUCCCGGUUCGCCCACCACCACUGGCAUCCCCUCCGUGCCCGCACAGACGCACAAAAAGUACACUCUUCACAGGACGUUCUUUGAGAACCGCCGUGCCGAGCUGAGGAGGCGUGAACAGACCGCGAGGGCCAAGGAGGUCUCCAAGGAUAUGCCCCAAGUGCCGCGCGGCUUUUAG